UGUCACCUGUUGCAAAAUGUCAAAACACAAAUGUUUUGAAAAUUUUAUAAACCAAUUUUAUAAUUAGAAUGACUUGAAUAGUAUAAAUAUAUCUAUUUACUAUGCCUGUAGUGUUAGGUGGUGGUGUAAGCGGCUUAUCAGCCGCUUAUUACUUGACCAGGAAUAAAGUAGGUAAAGUGCAAGUCUUAGAAGCAUCUCAAAGAGUCGGAGGCUGGAUUAGAUCGAAUAUACACGAUGAUUUUAUUUUUGAACACGGUCCAAGAACCCUCAGACCAUCUGGCAUAUCUGGUAAAAACACUUUAAAACUCCUGCAAGAACUAAAUAUCACCCACCUAAUUAUGCCGACUAAAUCAACCGACCCAGUAUCUCGUAAUCGUAUGAUUUAUGUCAAUAAGAAACUUCAUAAGUUGCCUUCGAGUUUGUUAUAUCUAUUCCGUAAACAAGAACCGUUCACAAAGCCUUUGAUUUACUCUUUAUGGACUGAAUUUGUGACACCAUCAAAGGUUAACAGAAAAAAUGAUGAGUCUAUAUAUGAUUUUGCAAAAAGACGUUUCGGUAAAGAAGUUGCAGACUUUGCAAUAAGUCCGUUGAUUUGCGGUAUUUGUGGAGGUGAUGCUAAAGAAAUCAGCGUUAAACUAAUUAUGAAAGAUAUGUUUCAAAACGAGCAAAAGCACGGAGGUAUUAUCAAAGGUAUGCUUUUAGAUAUGUUGAAGUUUGAUAAAAAUAAAGACAAAGUGGACAAUGAGUUGAUAAAAAAGGCUCGUGAGGAAAAGUGGAGUUUGUAUUCUUUAAAAGGCGGUUUAGAAAUGUUGCCUAAAGCUUUAUGCGAGCAUGUUAAAGCUAAAAACACUGAGAUAAGUUUAAAAGCAAAUAUCACACAACUAGAAUUCUUACCUAAUUCAGCAAAAAUUGUUGUCAAUGGUGACACAGAAAUAAAAACAGAUCAUAUCAUCAGCUCUUUACCAGCAAACCGUUUAGCCGUACUACUAGGUGAUCAGCACCCACAAUUAUCACAAGAACUUAAACAAAUCCCUUUCGUCUCUAUUGCUGUUGUAAAUUUAGAAUACGAUUGCGAGGUUAUAAAUGAGAAAGGUUUUGGCUUCUUAGUGCCUCCACAAGAAAACCUGCCAAUACUUGGUGUUAUAUUUGAUAGUUGUCGUGUCCCAACACCUGGUAAAACUAUUUUAACCGUGAUGCUGGGUGGUAGAUGGUUUAGGAAGUAUUUUGGAUUGUAUCCUACAAAUGAUUUGUUAUACACGGUUGCAGAGGCACACACAACGAGUAUUUUGAAACUUAAAGCUCUGCCUUCGAGAUAUUUUGUUAAUGUUUUGGAUGAUUGUAUUCCCCAGUAUUUGGUGGGGCAUAAUGAUCGGGUUCAGCGUAUAAGGAAUUAUAUUAAGGAUCAUAAUUUGUGUUUGUCUGUUUGUGGGUCUUCUUUUGAUGGGGUUUCGGUUAAUGAUUCUAUACUGUCUGCCAAAAAUGAAGUGGAGACAUAUAUGGAAAAAAGAGUUGUAUAAAGUAAAUUUUGUAUUUAUUGUAUUAUGUGAUAAGGUUUUAUA